AUGAUGCCUCUCAGACCAUCAAAAACCGCUCUGCGGCAGCUUGCCUCUGGUCGUCGGCCCUUCUCAACUUCCUUCGUGGCUUCGGCUGCGUCGCCCCACCGCUCUUCUCUUCAGAAGCGUGCUCAGAGCACUGUGACUGCCCCGGCAGAUGCUCGCCCUGUACCCAGCCCGGCUUUCAACCAGGAACCUCAUCGCAAUGAGGUCUCGCCUCUGAUGAACCGCCAGCUCCCUGAGCUCGAUGACUCUAUGGUUGGUAUGAGCGGUGGUGAAAUCUUCCACGAGAUGAUGCUGCGUCUCGACGUGAAGCACGUCUUCGGUUACCCCGGUGGUGCCAUUCUCCCUGUUUUCGAUGCUAUCUACAACUCCAAACACUUCGACUUCGUCCUCCCCAAGCAUGAACAAGGUGCUGGUCACAUGGCCGAGGGUUACGCCCGUGCAUCUGGCAAGCCCGGUGUUGUUUUGGUUACCUCUGGCCCCGGAGCCACCAACGUCAUCACUCCCAUGCAGGAUGCUAUGUCGGAUGGUAUCCCCAUGGUUGUGUUUACUGGUCAGGUCGUUACCAGUGCCAUUGGAACUGAUGCCUUCCAGGAGGCUGAUGUUGUUGGAAUCUCCCGUGCUUGCACCAAGUGGAAUGUCAUGGUCAAGUCGGUUGCUGAGCUUCCUCGCCGUAUUCAGGAGGCUUUCGAGAUUGCUACCAGUGGCCGUCCCGGUCCCGUCCUGGUUGACUUGCCCAAGGAUGUUACCGCAGGCAUUCUCCGCAACCCCAUCCCCAUGCAGAGCACCAUCCCCUCCCUCCCCAGUGCCGCCACCAUGGCUGCUCGUGAGAUGAGCCAGCGCUCUCUUGAUGCCACCAUCAGCCGUGUUGCCAAGCUUGUCGACAAGGCUGAGAAGCCCAUUCUCUACGUUGGUCAGGGUCUGCUUGCCCGUCCCGAUGGUCCUGAGAUCCUGAAGGAAUUCGCCGAGAAGUGCGCCAUUCCUGUCACCACUACCCUCCAGGGUCUUGGUGGAUUUGACGAGCUGGACCCCAAGGCUCUGCACAUGCUGGGUAUGCACGGUUCUGCGUAUGCCAACAUGGCUAUGCAGGAGGCCGAUCUGAUCAUCGCUGUUGGUGCCCGUUUCGAUGACCGUGUUACCCUGAGCAUCCCCAAGUUCGCCCCUCAGGCCAAGCUGGCUGCCGCCGAGGGCCGUGGUGGUAUCGUUCACUUCGAGAUCAUGCCCAAGAACAUCAACAAGGUUGUUCAGGCUACUGAGGCUGUCGAGGGUGACUGUGCUGACAACCUUCGCCUGCUUCUGCCCCACGUUAAGCCUGUCGCUGAGCGUACCGAGUGGUUCGAGCAGAUCAACGACUGGAAGGCCCGUUUCCCUCUGUCUCUCUACGAGCGCCAGGAGGCUGAUGGUCCCAUUAAGCCCCAGGCCGUCAUUGAGAAGCUCAGCGACCUCACCGCUCACAUGAAGGACAAGACCAUCAUCACUACUGGUGUCGGUCAGCACCAAAUGUGGGCUGCUCAGCACUUCCGCUGGCGCCACCCCCGUACCAUGAUCACUUCUGGUGGUCUUGGUACUAUGGGUUUCGGUCUGCCUGCCGCCAUUGGCGCCAAGGUUGCCCGUCCAGACUGCCUGGUUAUCGAUAUCGAUGGUGAUGCCUCCUUCAACAUGACUCUCACUGAGCUGUCCACCGCCGCCCAGUUCGGUAUUGCUGUUAAGGUUCUCCUGCUGAACAACGAGGAGCAGGGCAUGGUUACUCAAUGGCAAAACCUGUUCUACGAGGAUCGCUACGCUCACACUCACCAGCAGAACCCCGACUUCGUUCCCCUCGCCAAGGCCAUGCGCUGUGCCGCCGACAGCGUCUCCGACCCUGCCGAGGUUGAGGCCAAGCUGAAGUGGCUGAUUGAGCAGGAUGGCCCUGCCCUUCUUGAGGUCAUCACUGACCGCAAGGUGCCCGUCCUUCCCAUGGUCCCUGCUGGCCGUGGUCUGCACGAGUUCCUCGUUUUCGACGAGGCCAAGGAGAAGGAGCGCAAGGAACUGAUGCGCAAGCGCAACGCUCCCCUCGCUGUCCGCAGAUAA